AUGUAUCGGACCAAGAACGAUAACGAGUUCUUCCAUCUGCAUGGCUCUUUGAACCCCACUCCCACUCUGAAUAUGAUCGGUCUUGACAGCCACUGCACGGAUCUCACUAACUACGAUGAGAUCAUAAACACUAUCCAAAGCCAAGUACAAAAGUUCUCCGCAGCUGAGCUAGAGACUCUCAAUGAGACUUAUCGGCAAGCAGGGGUAACAGUGUAUGAGUAUGAGGAAUUCAAAAACACCCCUCAUGGUAGAACGAGCAUUCAGGAACCAUGGUGGAAGGUCAUCCGCCUGCCAGGGGAGACACCUCCAGCGUUGUUCAACCCUAGUGAAAGUCCUAGGAUACUCAAAGGCAUCAAGGUCUUGGAGCUCUGCUGUGUCAUUGCAGGACCCGUCAUCGGUCGUACAUUAGCCGAAUAUGGAGCGGAUGUCUUGAAGAUUACAUCACCAACGGUGCCUGACGUACCAUUUUUUCAGGUCGACAAUAACAUGGGCAAGUGCGCUGUGGAAUUAGAUCUCAAAACUGACGAGGGCCGCCGCCAGUUCGAAGCCCUUCUCGCUGAUGCUGACGUGGUCAUCGAUGGUUACCGCCCUGGUGCCCUUCAAAAACUUGGAUACAGUCCAGAAAGUAUGGCCGCUAUGGCAGAAAAGCGUGGAAAAGGCAUCGUCUACAUAGACGAAACCUGCUUUGGGCACGAAGGCGAGUGGUGCCAUCGCCCAGGAUGGCAACAGAUAGCAGACUGCCUUACCGGAUUUGCAAGGUGCCAUGGAAGGUUCCUCGGCCGUGUGGAACCCAUGGUAUCCCCGUUGCCUAUAGCAGACUCUGGCGCCGGUUGUAUGGGCGCCAUCGCUGCCUUGACUGGUCUUUACAAUAGGGCUCGACAUGGGGGCUCGUAUAUUGGCCAAGUUUCCUUGAUGCACUUUAACUUACUGCUCUACGCUUCCGGAAAGUAUCCUGAGUCAGUGGAGUCGCAGCUGCAAAAAUCUUUUGCUCCUGCAUUCUCCAAGGUACGCUUCUGCGAUAGCGUUGGGCGCAGUUCUGUCUUGGCAUUAGAGGUCAUGAGGGAACGAUUUCCAUACCUCUUUGUAGAGGCAUCUCCUGAAGAUCGCCGGAAGAAUCUGACUGAGGUAUGGUACUCCCAUCACUACGGUGCAGAUGUGGAGGUUGUGCGACCUGUGGCUGAGAUUGAGGGAGUCGUGAACCGUUUUUCUCGUGCAACGCGACCAAACGGUGCAGAUGCAUCUCCAUCCUGGGAUUUCCCUGAAGAACAGGGUUCCCGGAAGCUUUAG